CAGGUGUGUAAAGAUGAGGCUCACCUAUUUCAUAUUGCUAUUGAUACACCUUCACCUUGGACUAUGUCGUACCAACACGACGUCAAAACAAAUCGCAUCACAUCUCUGGGAUUGCUACAAUGACACAGCCAUUCCGGGAAUCACCUCCCCAUUAAACCGAUCUCCAGCCACGUUGAAUUUCUUCCUGGACCUGCUCAGACAAUUGGAGGACAUUAAUAUUUUUAAUAAAGACGCUUAUUCGUUGUCGGAAGCAUUGAUUCGAACAUUUCGACAAGAUGGUAUAGUCUACAAAUAUACAAGUGUCGGCCUUCCAUACACAGCCUUUUACAAUGACAAAAAUGCCAUACUCCAGCACAAGACGUUAACAACAAACGAGAACGAGCUUGAACUCACUGGUUUCACAAAACGUCAACAAUGUGCAGUUCACUUCUUCAUAUCCUCAGGUUCGAACGGAACGGUCAGAGGUGACGAGGGCCAAAGGUGCACGCCCAGAUACAUGAUGAGACUGAGGCGAAGACGUGAAUCAGAAAUUGACGUGUUGACAUCCAGUUCCGAAGUCAGCACAUGCCCAACACAAUCCGGGGUUGUCAGUAAUAAGUGGGGUGAAAUAGAAAUAGGAAACGUCAUAUCGGGCAUAGCUGCAGGUCUAAAACCCCAACAAACAUCGGUGGGUGAUUCGUUGUACAUCAACACGAUAGCUGGCGUUAUUGCCAACUCGUACCUCUACACGAUCCGGUACGACCGUAAACCGUUCACCAGCUCUCAAGAAAACUUGGACAACAGCCUAAGUCCCAAGAUCCUUUAUAACAGCGGUUCGAACGAAUUCGCCCUGAGUAUGUCGACCGUUCGUGGGGCGUUGGACGGUUUCUUUUUGGGACAGAACGUCGAAGCUUGGACGAGACAGUACAGCGAGUUAAGGAUAUCACAGAUAAUUGACAUGUAUUAUUCACCAAGGGGCGUGUUCAACAAUUCAAUAAAGGCAUGCAACAGGAAGACUUUACAACCAAAUGCCCUUACGGAGUCCGCUUUGGUUAACGAGACUGGCACAUUUAUGUACCAUCUCAAUAAUAAAAUUGCAGUAUCAAGUAUGAGCCUUGAAAAUGCCUACGAUGAAGCCCAGAAACUGGUUAAGGAAUAUAUUAGUUAUUUAGGUUCAUCAAAUGAUCUUGGUUGUGACGAGACCAUUAAUUAUAUUGAAAGAAAUGCAGCCAAUAUAAUUGUCAUAAUUGAUACAUCCAUAUCUUACGAAGUAAUGGAAAGAGCUGUGGCGUACAUCUUAGAUAACAUAGAUGUGAACAAGUACGAAACAAGUUACACUUUGAUAAAUGGAAACACCGGAAAGUCUUUAAUAAAUUCAACUUAUCGUUUAAGCGAUUUGGUUGAAUUUUAUAACUCUUCGUAUCAUUCAAGUACUGCACAGACUUUCAACUACAUCGAUUCUAUGGGCUUUGUGGAAGACAUAUAUUCCCAACAAAUUUUAAAUAGGAGUGCUGACGGAAGAACUCCGGUGGUUCUGUUUAUAACCAAGAGCAUACCUAGCGAAACCGAAAAGGAGUUCCUCAGGCAGAGGAAGCAAUUUAUAAAUUCAGUACUACCGGAUGUGUUGUACCUCGUCUUGGGUGCCGGUGAGGCAAACGACUACAGUACCAUACUAACAAACCCGACCCAACACUUCAGUAAACUGGACGAAUCGACCAGUGGCAACAACUUAAAAAUAUCAGUCGACAACAUCAUCAACCGUAUAACUGCUUCACCCAGACAAAUAGUCAACACCGACUGCAGAGAGACCACCGACACCAUCACGUACAGUACCACCUACUACGUGGAAAACAGGGGAAUCGUACGCUACAGACUGUCACCGUACUAUUUCUAUUUCGGGGGCGACAAUAAAAAGAUAAAAAUCCAGGAGAUGUCGACAGGUGUACUGCAGGUUUGUUCGUCAAGAACCAACGAGGCACCCGAUGAAAACGGUGCCGGUACUUGCGUCACCCUCAAGGCCAACGAAACCUCAAUUGAAUUGACCACUGGGGACAGUUACGGUGAAACUGAUCCGCUUUAUUUGUCGGUGCAAGGAGUCAAUUACACAUCAGCAUCAAUCUGUGACAAAUGCCGCUUCCCUGACAGUAUUAAAUUUAAAGUAACUUUGGAGGAUGUGAGAUGUGGAUCCAGUUCAGUUAGAAUUAUUGCCAACACAUUUGUUGUUAUGUUCAUAAUUAUGUUUAAGUUGUACUUUUAGCUUUUGUUAGUUUAAUUUUUUAUACAUAUCUAUUGUUAUUUAUAUAAAUAAAAGUUUGUGUUUUAAUGUAUUGAUAAAAUAGAAUAAGUCUGUAAUAAAAUAAAAAGGAACCGUCUAUAAAA